AUGUCCGAAAGAAUCGAGGUUUUCCAUCCAAUUCUGGCAGCCAAGCUCGAAAAAGAUGCUUUCGAGGUGGCAGGAUGGGGCGUGCUCAGCGCCGUCCUGUUUGGCGUAUUAACCAUCUGGUUCUUCGCGAUUGGCGACAGGAUGCCCAAGUUGCCCAUUGCCAUGCAGGAAGAGGUGCCAAAUCGGAAGAAAAGAAUUGACAUCUUCAUCAAGGAUACUCGAAGGCUACUCAUUGAUAGCUACAAAAAGUUCCAAGAUCAGGUAUUUGGGAUCACAACCACAGAAGGGACCAAUAUCAUGAUUCCUCUAGAACUGCUACAAGGCCUAGGAAGUCAAAAGUCUUUGAGUUUCUCGGCCUUCCUCGAAGAAGAAUUCAGCAUGAAAAAAUACACCAAAGUAGGCAAUCUUGAUGAAAUUCAAAUCAGCAUUGUGAACAAAAAGCUUAACCCAACUCUUCCCCAAUAUAUUCCCGUUAUCCAGGAGUUGAUCCGCAGACACUGGCCGCUGGAGGACUAUGAUAUUUCUCGCAUCUCAGCCCGAAUCUUCCACAGCGCCGCCUCCGCCGAAAACGAUCACUGGUUAGACAUCGCCACCGAACACGUGCAUUCUACCGUCGUGUGGACCGAGAAUCUCAAGAAGUGGCCUGCCGUACUCCGACCCCUCGUCCACCGCUUUGUCGAAGGACGAGGGUACAUGAUGCAGCGGUUCGAAGAAGGCAAGGCUGUGGUCGCUCAAACCCUGCAAGAGAAAAAAGAAAAUAGAGGCAAGCCUCUGAACAACCCUCAGACACUUUUGGACUAUCUCUACGAGGGUCCACUUGGUCCUGAUGAUGUUGAGGCGCAUACCAUUGCCCAGAUCAACUUGUGUGUGGCUGCCAUUCAGUCCAUGGCUGCAACAGUGACCCAGUGUCUUAUGGAUCUUGCAACACAUCCAGAAUAUGUACCUGAACUUUUGGAAGAGAUAAAAACCGCCAUGGAGAAGAACGGAGGCGUUGUUGACAAACGAGUGUUGACGGAGACGUGGAAGCUGGACAGCUUCAUCAAGGAGACUCAACGGUUGAACCCUCCGGAUCUAACAAGUUUCCAACGAAAAGCCCUCUCGGACAUGACCCUGUCUAACGGGCUGCGCAUCCCCAAAGGCGCCCGCAUCGUGCUUCCGACAGCAGCCAUCAACAUGGAUCGGGAGUUCUUCCAGGAUCCUGAGAACUUUGACGGCUUCCGGUACUACAGACUCCGAACCGCGACCGAAGAGGCCCGGAACACCAACCAGAUGGUAACAGUCGGCAAGAAGGAUCUGACGUGGGGCUAUGGCAGGCACGCGUGCCCAGGCAGAUAUAUCGCCGAAUUAGCCUUGAAGCUUGUAGUGAUCGAGUUUCUGACGCGCUAUGAGAUUCGGCUACCGGACGGCGUGAAGGAACGGCCAAAGAAUAUAGAGUUUGAGGGUUUGGUUAUCCCAGAUCCCGAAUGGAAAUUGACCAUGAAGAGCCGCUGA